AUGGCAUCCAAGCUCAGUCCCCUGCUGUUCAGAUCAGCUGCCCGCUCAGCAUGCCGAGCUCCCCGACCGCACAUUCGCGCCUUCACGGCCGCCAGCUCGAGACGGAGUGAAUCGCUUGCAGUGCACCGAAACACGCCCGACAACAACCCCGACAUACCGUUCAAGUUCACGGCGCAGAACGAGACCAUCAUCGCCGAGAUCCUGAAGCGGUACCCGCCGCAGUACAAGAAGGCGGCCGUGAUGCCGGUGCUGGACCUGGGCCAGCGCCAGCACGGCUUCGCCUCCAUCUCGGUCAUGAACGAGGUCGCCCGCAUCCUCGAGAUGCCGCCCAUGCGCGUCUACGAGGUCGCCUCCUUCUACACCAUGUACAACCGCACCCCCGUCGGCAAGUUCCACGUCCAGGCCUGCACUACCACACCCUGCCAACUCGGCGGCUGCGGCAGCGACGUCAUCGUCAAGGCGAUCAAGGAGGAGCUCGGCAUCAAGCAAGGCGAGACCACCUCCGACGGCCUCUUCACCUUCGUCGAGGUCGAGUGCCUGGGCGCGUGCGUCAACGCGCCCAUGAUCCAGAUCAACGACGACUACUACGAGGACCUGACGCCCGAGUCGACCAAGCAGCUGCUGUCGGCGCUGAGGCAGAGCGCCACCUCGUCCUCAUCGGACGUCAAAGUCCCGACCCCCGGCCCCAUGAGCGGCCGCCAGACCUGCGAGAAUAGCGCGGGCCAGACGAACCUGACGAGCGAGCCGUGGGGCGCCGAGACUACGAGACAGGAUCUGUAG